UGUAGUUAGUCGCAAGCGCAGAAUACCCAAAAAAAUCUUUACGGCUGCUGCGUACCUCGGUAUUGUGCGUUUUUCUCUGCUUUCAAAUGGCAGUGAGCGAGAACGAUGCGUUACGAUGUGAGGCAGCUUUUAUCGCAGCUCGUUGCCGCCUCGUGACAGCAGCAACGCGAUGAUUUCUUGGACGCGCCGAUCAAAGAUGGAAGACGCGUGAGCGAAGUGGAUUGAAGGAACAGCCUACUACAAAACGCCUAGAAAUGACUGAAGCAAGCCAAGGAAUGCGAAUGCGCUUGGAGCACUUCGUCGUCGCUGCCGGUGUGGCUCUCACCGCUGUUCGACUCGCCAUGGUGGCACAGUCCUUGACUGUGGUGGCUGUACUGAUUAUCCUGCUCCUACUACUGCGCUGGCAACAGUCGGAAGCGCCAGACUUCAACCAGAGGCCGCACGCCGACAGCGGACUGUGGCUGAGCCUUCUACUGCCUUUCGCAUUGCUCACUGCCGGCAACAGCUACGAGCACGGAGAUGUUUACACUUUCGCCGAAGUGGUCUGUAGUCAGGCGCUCGUACUGUCUCUCGCCGUCGUCUUCAGGAUCACGAACAUUUUCGUCUACAGCCUUUCGUCUAUAUGGACUACGACACUGCUCGUUGCGGCAACUGGGGUUUCUUUCCUGUGGAGUGCAGCGGCUGCGGUGACAACCGCAGGGACCUUCAGUUACCUCGUGACUUCGUUACCGGCUUACUCGCCUAAAUCUUUUACUCACGGCGAGCUGUUGCUUGUUUGCCAAGGUAUCACUACCUUCGUCGUUGUCGCAGGAUGCAGCCUGGCAUGCAAAAUCGUCUACAGAGACAACUGCGACCUCAAGUGUUCCGCGUCGGCAGGGUUCCUGCAAGCGGGACUCUUCAGUCUUGCCGUGUUUGUGGUGGCUGUAACCAAAAUACAAGCGCUGCGAAGACCGACGUGGUUUUACGCGAGUCUUUUUGCUGCGGCAGUUUUGAUCGUCUAUCCUCUGUGCUUUGCCAUGGUAAAUGCGGAACCAGUGAGCUGGCUUGCAUACCACUGCUUCAGCAGCUACAAGAGACUUUGUCUUAUGGUCUCGUGGGUUAUCUUGCUAGUAAUGGCCGGACUAUUCGUGUACUGGUACACUACGAACUACAGCGAAAGUUCCACCGUAGUGCGCAAAGUUUUCCACGCGGCAAUUGUGUCAGUGUUUUUACCCGGAGUGAUAUUAGAUCCAGACCUCAUGUACCUUGCGUGUGGGGCCACUCUCGGGGUAUUUGUGCUCCUGGAGGUAUUUCGGACGUUGUCCAUUCCACCAGUAGGGCCACACGUACAGAGUGCGUUUGCGAUGUUUGUAGACGAGAAAGACGCUGGUGCGUUCAUUCUGACGCCUGCCUACCUGUUUAUUGGGUGUGCCACAGCCCUGUUACUCUUUCCGGGGCAGUUGGGAGAGCCAGGCAAAAUGCCGAUUUUACUUAGCGGCACGGUGGUACUCGGCAUAGGGGAUACUGCGGCAUCGGUUGUUGGGUCGAAGCUCGGAAAGCACCAGUGGCCUGGCACAUCAAAGACUGCGGAGGGGACUGUUGCCGCUAUUGUUGCGCAGUUCGCAUUCUACUUCCCACUGCUAUUUGUGGCUGUGCCAACUGUGUGGCAUUUGAACACGCUACUGUUAAUUGUGGUUCUCUGCCUUAACUCGUACCUUGAAGCAUUCACAACUCAAGUGGACAAUUUAGUGCUUCCGAUAUUUGUGUACCCUAUGAUGACAGCCUUGUAUGCUUUGCAAUGAAAACUUUUAAAUGGUAAAGC